CAAGCAUCAAGAAGAAAAUCAUUCACUGAAUCUUCAGAGCAUCGAGUGUGUUCAAGAGGAAAAUGAAGUCUGCUGCAGUUUUUGUUGUCUUUGCUGGUCUACUUAUUGUUUAUGUACAAGGCCAGGCCAGGCCCAGUGUAAGGAGGUGUUUGUGUCAGGGUCCUCUGGCCAAUGUAGUUCGUCUACAACGUAUUGACAAGAUAGAAUUUUAUCCUGUUAGUGCAUCUUGUGAAAAUGUGGAAAUCAUUGUCACUCUAAAGAACGGUGCAGGGAAAAAAUGCUUGAAUCCAAAAUCUGAAUUUACUCAGAAAUACUUCAAGGCAGCUUUAGAAAAAAGUGCUGAGGAAACUACUGAACAGAAGUGAAAGAAGAUGGCACAGAGGCAGCUUAAAAUAUUUUAAAUGUUGUAAAAACAUGUAUACAAGUUUUAAAUGUUAUGUAUAUUUAUUUGUUAUGCUUUUAUAUAUAUUGUUUUUUAUAUUGUGUAAAUGGUUCAUAUUAUUUGUCUACUGUUUAAUUUAUUAGAAUUAUUUCAUGUUGCUGGAUGUACUUUAAAAGUAAAACAAUAUUUAAGAAUAUUUUUGUAUACUUACCUACUAAAUUAUAAUAAAGUCAGCACAUAACAGUACUUUA